AUGGCGAAAGACACCAAAUUCUACGACAUCCUCGGUGUCUCUCAAAACUGCACCGAGGCAGAACUCAAGAAAGCAUACAAGAUCGGUGCCCUGAAGCAUCACCCUGAUAAGAAUGCCCACAAUCCCGAGGCAGCAGACAAAUUCAAAGACCUUUCCCACGCAUACGAGGUCCUUUCCGACCCACAGAAGCGGGCUAUCUACGAUCAAUAUGGCGAGGAAGGAUUAGAGGGCGGUGCUGGAGGCGGUGGAAUGAACGCCGAGGACCUCUUCUCUCAAUUCUUUGGCGGAGGAUCCGCAUUUGGUGGUGGUGGGCUUGGCGGCAUGUUUGGUGGUGGUAUGCCUCAACGCGGACCCCCGAAAGCUCGCACAAUCCAUCAUGUCCACAAGGUUUCCCUCGAGGAUAUCUACAGGGGCAAGGUUUCCAAGCUCGCCCUGCAAAAAUCCGUUAUCUGCCCUAAAUGUGAUGGACGUGGUGGAAAGGAAGGUGCCGUCAAGAAGUGCGCUGGAUGUGAUGGCCACGGUAUGAAGACGAUGAUGCGCCAGAUGGGCCCUAUGAUCCAGCGUUUCCAGACCGUCUGCCCCGACUGUAAUGGAGAAGGUGAGAUCAUCCGAGAGAAGGAUCGAUGCAAGACCUGCAGUGGCAAGAAGACAAUCGUUGAGCGGAAGGUCCUCCACGUCCACGUGGAUAGAGGUGUUCGCACAGGUCACAAAAUCGACUUCAGAGGAGAGGGCGACCAAACGCCUGGAGUCCAACCUGGUGAUGUUAUUUUUGAGAUCGAGCAGAAGCCCCACGCAAGAUUCCAGCGCAAGGACGACGACCUCUUCUAUCACGCAGAAAUCGACCUCGUUACAGCGCUUGCUGGAGGAUCCAUAUUCAUCGAGCACUUGGAUGAUCGGUGGUUGAGCGUGGAUAUUCUUCCAGGGGAGGUUGUUGCACCUGGAUCUGUAAAAAUGAUCCGAGGCCAAGGUAUGCCCUCAUACCGCCACCACGAUUUUGGCAACAUGUACGUGCAAUUCGACGUCAAAUUCCCUGAGAAGAACUUCACCGCCGAUCCUGCGGCGUUCGAGGCUCUGAAGGCUAUUCUUCCCGGCUCAAAACAGACCGUUAUUCCCCCUGGAGAGACCAUGACCGAAAUCGUUGACUUCGAGGAUGUCGAUCCGAGUCAACAAGCACGAGCCCAAGGUGCUACCGGAAUGGAUGAAGAGGACGAAGACGGACAUCCGGCAGGUGGCGAGCGGGUCCAAUGUGCUUCACAAUAA